CGGUGUACACAGCCGACCUUCAUCGCGACUGCAGGUUUUAGCUCGCCGACUGAACAAUGUCUGAGAAGGAAGACCCUGCCGUGUCACUCUUCAGGGAGUACCUGAGGAUUCCAACAGUGCACCCGGAUCCAGAUUAUAGUAAAGCCAUAGACUUCAUCUCCAGACUUGCUGAUGAUGUUGGACUGGAGUUCACAGCUACUGAGACUGCCCCAAAGAAUAUUUUUGCAGUGAUGUCAUGGGUUGGAACAAACCCAUCCCUCCCAUCACUUGGUCUCUACUCUCACAUAGAUGUGGUGCCUGUUUUUCCAGAACACUGGAAGGUACCCCCGUUCAGUGCAGAGAAGAUGGAGAAUGGGGAUAUUUAUGCCAGAGGAAGCCAGGAUAUGAAGUGUGUUGGUAUACAAUACGUUGAGGCGAUUAGAAGAUUGAAAAAGGAGGGAAAGAGACUCUUACGUACCAUUCAUGUGAUUUUCGGCCCAGAUGAAGAAACUGGUGGGGAACUUGGCAUGAAAGUAUUUAUGAAGCUCCCUGAAUCUAAAAAACUUAACCUGGGAUUUUGCCUUGAUGAAGGUAUUGCCAACCCUGGACCAGAGUUUAAGGUCUUCUAUGCAGAACGAUCAUGCUGGUGGGUCAAGUUCAGAUGUGCAGGAAAUCCUGGUCAUGGCUCAUCUUUUAUACAAGAUUCAGCUGCCGAGAAACUUACGAGGAUACUUAACAUAGCAAUGGACUUCCGGAACAAACAAGAACAAAGGUUGAACUCGGACCCAAGUUUGACCAUCGGGGAUGUGACCACUCUGAAUCUCACCAUCAUUAAGGGAGGUGUACAGUACAACGUAGUGCCUGCAGAGCUGUUUGCAUGUUUUGACAUUCGUACACCUCCUCACGUGGAUCUGACAGAGUUUGAGAAGGAGUUGUGGCGAUGGUGUCGGGAGGCGGGAGAUGACGUAACUCUGGAGUUUGACCAGAAAAGUGACUCUCCACACAAAGUCCCUAUCGAUUCCAGCAACCCCUGGUGGACGGCCUUCAUGUCAGCCUGCAAGUCUCUAUCAGCGGAGGUGAAGACUGAGAUUUUCCCUGGUGGCACCGACAGUCGUUUCUUGAGGAAGAGUGGCAUCCCCUCAAUAGGAUUCUCCCCCAUAAAUCACACACCCGUCCUGCUGCACGACCACAAUGAGUUCCUCAAUGAGAAGAUCUUCCUGCGUGGCAUUGAUAUCUACUAUGAGAUCAUUCCCGCCCUCGCCAAUGUCUCAGACUCGUACAAGGUGACAAUGUAACAGAUGUCACUAGAACUACCACCUGCGUACAAGAAAGGUUUUGAAUCAAGCAUCAACAGGGCAGCACACUCAUAUUUCAUCAAAUUAUAUUUCCAGUAAAUAAUUUCCCCAAUUUUAAUCAACACACUCAUGUUUAAUACAAUAUGAACAAUAUUGUUUUGAAUAUAUUUACUGUUUUAUAUCUUAUACCAUGUUUUUUUAUUUCUUCACAAUUACCUCCCUUGCAUGCUUAAUUUAAUAAACAAUGUCUUUCCACAGUAAAUGGGCACUGAAGUUAUUAGGGAUGAAACUAGGUCAAGCGAUAUGUCGCUUGAAAUGAACCGUCAUGUAGGUGUUGUCUCACUCUCUUUAUUGCAGUAAAGUUUCCAAGAAAGGUCAUGUAUUUCAACUUAAAAAUUUUAAUGGCCCAACAGAAUUUUAAGCACAUUUCACGAAAAAGUGAAGGUCAUUAGUUAGAUGUAAUUGGCGAAAA